AUGCAAAUGCAAAACCUCACCGAGGUUGCCCGCUCCAAGGACCUCCUGCUCAAGGUGGUAGGCCAUUCGGUCACCAUGGCCAUGAGCGACGGCGAGUUGAUCAAGUCCAAGAAAUUGUCCGUCGGUGGCCACGACUGGGAGGUCCACUGGCGUCCCAAGAAUCACUGGGCCGGCUGCCAUCGGCCGGUGUCGCUCAAUCUCGUCCUUCUCUCCGAAGCGCGCGGCGGUGACGUCAAAGCCAAGCUCAGCUGCCGCCUGGUUGAUCCAGCCGGUAGGCUGGAGCCGUCGGAGGAGAAGAGCAUAUCGCAUAAGUUCUACAAGUCCGGGGAUUACUCCGGUGCACUCGAGGUGACGGCACGAGAGGAUCUGGAGGCAUCUGGCUACCUGGCGGAUGAUUCCUACACCGUGCAAUCUGGCAUCACCGUGCUCAAAGGAGCACCGGCGGCGCCGAAUACUGCGGCGACGGCCAUGGAUCGCGAUCGCCGCCCAGACGCUGCGUUGCCGUCCCUCGACCUGCACCGGCACCUGGGCGAGCUCCUGCAGAAGGGGACGGGCGCGGACGUCACGUUCCUUGUGUCCGGCGAGGAGUUCGCCGCGCACAAGGCCAUUCUUGCCUCGAGGUCGCCGGUGUUCAUGGCGGAACUGUUCGGGGGAAUGAAGGAGGCGGCGUGCCAGCGCAUCGAGGUGAAGGACAUGGAGCCCGCGGCGUUCAAGGCCCUGCUACGCUUCAUCUACACCGGCACGGCGCUGGACCUGGACCAGAAGGGCGAGGACGCGACGUCGAGGGCGCAGCAUCUGCUCGCCGGUGCGGACAGGUACGGGCUGCAGAGGCUCAAGCUCAUCUGCGAGGGCAGGCUCGCUGACCGCAUCACCGUCGACACGGCGGCGACGACGCUGGCGCUAGCGGAGCAGCAUGGCUGCUCGCAGCUCAAGGCUAGUUGCGUCGAGUUCAUCGCGGGAUAUCUUGACGCCGUCCUGGAGACUGAGGGGUACAAGCACCUGGAAGCAAGCUGCCCCUCUGUGCUGACUGAUAUCCUCAGGGCUACGCGGCGACCAACCAACUGA